GUUUCUGAUAAAUUAGCUUAACCCUCGCACAAUUAUUUGACUUCAGAGCUACUAUCUACUAUACCAGUUUUUCUUCAUCGAUUGUUUCUUUUGGUCCGCAAGCUGAACUCAGAACGCACAAACUAAAAUACUUUCAGACAAAAUCAUGCACACCUACUCAUUGCAACUAGUCAUCGGUUUCAUCGCAUCUUUCGUACGUCCAAGUGCACAGUUGACUGUGACUCAACCUCAAUCGGGGACUGUAUGGCACUUACAUUCGUCCAAUCAAGUACAGUGGAAAAGCGUUCAGACCGACCCCUCAAGCAUUGCUAUCAAGAUUGUCAACAAUAAUCCUUCAACCUAUCCAACAGGUUUCAGUCAAGAGGUCAAGGAUGGAAUAAAUACGGCUGAAAACAAGUUUAAUCUCGAUAAACUACCAGGAAUCAAGCCCGGUAAAGGUUACCAAGUGAACAUCAUGAGUUCGGAGGGCACCAUCCUCGCCCAAAGCGCUCAGUUUAGUAUCAACGGUUCUACUGAGACGACUAAGGAGCACACUACCACCAAUAUCCCAACCGCCGUACAACCUACCAUUUCCGCUUCGGCUGCUAGCGGUACGGCUUCUGCAAGUGAUGCUAGUAUGAUCAAAGAGAUACCUGGCCUCUUUACCAUAUUUCUUUGUUCAUUUUUUGGUUUGAUGGUUCUUCUUUAAUCUGCCAAAUCUUAUAUAAUCGUUUUUUUUCUGUUUGCUUUUACACUUCAUUUCUUUUGACUAUCACGAUAGACAUUUUCAACUUUGGUUUUUUUCUCCUCUUCUUUUUUGAUACCUUCCAUUUUUUUCUUUCAGAUUCAAGAUUCUCGGUAGACUCCUAUAUUGUUCAAUAUAUCAGAUCAAAAUUGCUACUUUUGAAUUCAUCCCGAGUUUUGAUAAGAUUGAAGACAUAGGUAAAUGUAUAACAAGAUAUGUGUUAACCU